UGAUCAUGGGGAGCCAGGAGGGGGAGGCCAAGUCGACGGCGAGCGUGACGGGCGUUCUGCCGAUGGUCGAGGUCGCCAGUCUGAUGGAGAAGGCCAAGUUCUACACUUCCCUCUGCCUCGGGACGACCGCGAUUCUCGCGGUAUUCGCCUUCCUUUUCCUCAUACCGUUCGUCGUCGAGCCCGCGAUAUCGACGAUACUCGCCGACUUCUCGCCCCACGCCGUCGCCUGCGUCGCCACGGACCACGUCUACGCCGAGGGCCUGAGGAACUGCUCCUGGGCCAGCUGCAGGGAGGGUUGCACCAGCGCCGCUCUCCGCUGCCACCAGAUCAGGGUGAAUUACUCGAGGGUGCCGUACGAGGAAUUCCUCGCUAAACCGGCCGGCCUGAUCCCCUGGGACGUGGCCAACACGAAGUUCUUCGUCAACACCGAGGGGUGCGGAUACCCGCCGAGGGUUAACUGCUCGGAGUUCGCGAGGAAGUUCGGAUACGGAAACAUGGGAAAGAUCUUUCCGUGCUUCUACAGUCGGACGCAUCCGGAAACCGUCGUCGCCAGGUACUCGUGGGACGAGAAUCUGAGGCAUCUCGUUAUGGCCCUCGUAGCUCCGAUCGUCCUCUUCGCCGUCUCCCUCGGCGUGCUUUGCUACUGGUACUGCCCGCCGAUCGGACGAAGAUGCGGAAGCCCGGGACGACCGUUGAUCGACAAGUAUGCGAGGAAGGAAGAUUUUUGCCAAUAUACAGCAUCCUCGCUGAGGACGAAUUCGAGGAAGACGAAGAGGAGUACUGACUGCUGCCAAGGGCUCAUCCCCCAGCGAGGGAAUGACGCCGAUCACGUCGAACAGAGGGAAGAUUUUAUUCUACGAACAGUAUACUUCGCUUCCGAUCCAAUGUCAAGUCCCGCAUAUCUUUACGACGAUUUUGCUCAGGUAUAUAACGAUCGUCGAGAAUUGUCUGCAACGCGUAGGAAAAAACAUUCUUCUCGCUUGCUAAUUUUCGAAUUAUACAAUCUACGAAAAUAAUUACUUGGUAAUAAUCCACUCUCUACAAUCUCUCAAGCCUCAUCUUUUUUGAUAAUUCUGCAUAGACCAGGUGCUUUUUUCUCUAUAUGAUAAAUUGUGCGAGCGAAAUCCGCGAACGAUUAGAAAUCGUUCGACACAGCUUUGGAUUUUUAUAAUAGAGCAAGUUUGACCGCGGGCAGUGUACGAUAUAAAUCUAUAGUAAAUUCGGACUCAAUCAUCUACCAGUAUUCCAAUUAAUUCUUAAAUGUAAAUUACAUAGAAUCGUAAAACCCGAUCUAGAUUGGCCUUCGUCUGAGGAAAGAAGCAAACAAAUGAAGUUAAUUAUUUCAAUUAGUGUUUGUAUGAAAACUAUAAUAAUAUACUGGACUGCACUUACUCACGCCAUUUUUAUUCUGUUAAAUAUUAAUAUCAAUACCUAAUACGAUAUUAUAACGUAUUGAAAGAAACUGACGCUCACAGAGUUUAUCGAAUUACACAGGAAUUAUAAUACUUCGAGUCUUGUUGUAGUUAUAAAAAAUAAAAAAUAAAAAUAUAGCGCACGAUUUUCAACUGACAUUGUAUAGUAUAUAUGGGAGGCUUAGAGUGAACAUAGCUGCACAGUAUCGCGAAUUUUGCUAGAUAAAUUUGAAGCAUGAAGAAUAUAUACAAUGAUAAUAAACCAAGUAAAGACGCUGUGAGCAAAAUGAACGAAUCGCGCGAUUGUUGCCUUGUGAUUUCUUUCUUUUUUUUUUUUUUCUUCUUUACUUUCACG